AUGGCUCAUUAUUUGUUUGUCUUCGUUGUGUUACUAGCGUCAGGAUUUGGAUCAGAAUCUUUAGCAGACGAGCUCGAGGAUGAAGAAGAAAGUUUACCUGCAUUUGAUAUCAACAUUGGAAUUCUGUUGCCCGGGGAUGACUCUUUCGCUUACUCUCUCUCCCGCGUAACUCCUGGCAUACGUUAUGCUCUUGCAAGUGAAAGAUUUAAGAUGCUCCUGCCUAAUCAUAAUGUCACUUCUCAUGUCAAAAUCAUGGAUUCUGAAUGCUCGGCACUAAUUGCUCCACUUCGUGCUAUGGAGGCAAUGGUGAAGACUGAUCACCAACGACGACUAGAUCUUUUACUUGGACCGGCUUGUGACCUUGUAGGUGGUCCAGUAGCUCGGUAUAACACACAGUGGCAGACGUGUAUGAUAUCCGCAGGAUGUGGCGCCUCAGGAUUUAGUGACAAAAACAGUUUGUUUGUGACGAGAGUUCUUCUGAACUUUGAAGAAUCGGGCAUGGUCUUUGGAAAUAUAAUAUCUUCUCAGUUCGACUACAGUCGGAUCAUAAUGAUAACCCAGGAGAUACACAGAGACAACAAUGAUUGUUAUUGGAUCAAUCAGGGUGUUGGGAAGUAUUUUAAGCAACACCUAUUUUCACCUGAUAACGAAUUCGUGAGUCCGAAUGCUCCAAACUUCACGCAAUACCUUAUGGAUUUGGAGUUGCACAGAAGAGCUAGAGCACACCCUCAUCCUGAAGAUGAUAGGUACAACCCAACGAAACGUCGAGAUAGAGCGUGA